GAGCCCGGGACCAGCCUCUGGGAGCCCCGGGCGCGGGCGAUGCGGGCGCCGCGGGCGACACCUGCGGCUCCUCUCGGUGGCAGCCGUCGCCUGGGCGGCAGCAGCGCAAACCUCGGCAGCUACAGUCGCUGCGGCCCGGACAGCCUCUGCUGCUGUCGCCUCCGCUGCGGUCUCGGUCUCUGAUGCUCCUGCCCGCUCCCGGCCCUGCCGAUCCGGGAGGAUGUGGGUUCUCGGCAUCGCAGCAACUUUUUGCGGAUUGUUCUGGCUUCCAGGGUUGGCGCUGCAAAUUCAGUGCUACCAGUGUGAAGAAUUCCAGCUGAACAACGACUGCUCGUCCCCUGAGUUCAUCGUAAAUUGCACCGUGAACGUUCAAGACAUGUGUCAGAAAGAAGUGAUGGAGCAAAGUGCGGGGAUCAUGUACCGGAAGUCGUGUGCAUCGUCAGCAGCCUGUCUCAUCGCCUCGGCUGGGUACCAGUCCUUCUGCUCCCCUGGGAAACUGAACUCCGUGUGUAUCAGCUGCUGCAACACUCCUCUCUGCAACGGGCCGAGGCCCAAGAAAAGAGGCAGCGCUGCCUGGGCCGUCAGGCCAGGGCUCCUCACCACCGCCCUGCUCUUCAACUUAGCCCUCUGCCUGGCACACUGCUGAAGCUAAAGGAGACGCCAACCCCCGCUGCAUCAUCUCUCUGGCCCGCACUCUCGCCUCCCUGAGCCUCUUCUGGGUGUCCUUUUAUUCUGGGUAGACAAAGGGGUCCUUUUGUUCCCUUUCAAGUAACGCAAGAUUGCCAUGCACAAACACUUUGUAAGCUCUGAAGCAAUUCAGUCUGAAUUUCCGUGUGUAGUUGAAGAAAAAGCAUAGCAAGGAAAGCCCAGAUCUUCCUGUCCCAAUCCGUGCAGCCACCGCCAAGGCCAGCCUGGAAGAAUCAGCCCUUAGAAGUCACUGAGAUCUGCGUCUGCCCUUCCCAAAGCCUCGAGCUUCCAUUCUGUCUCUGAUAGGAGUCACAGUCUAUUGGGGGACUGCUGUGUGAAGGUGACUUCGCUUUUGUGGGAGGGAAGAGCCAGUUUCUGCUCAAGGCUUCUGAACUCGACAUUCACACUUCUUGCUCCUGUAAACCAUUUUCUGUGGUGGCAUCAGCUGGUUUGGUCUCUGAGUCAGUCUGUGGUGACUCAGGACUCAAGGGCUGGGGCUUAGCCUCUCCGGGCCUGGCCUCGGCCUGAAAAGUGCUUAAGAAGACCUUGUUAGUUCUCCGGGAGGAAGAGUUCCGCCGGGAGGCUAGGAAGAUGAGGGGACUGCGGACUGAGCUGGUGCUGGCCUUGGCGGAGCUGAAGUGGGCACGCAGGCGUUUCUCCUGGUUGGCGUGCUGCAGAGUCAGCCGGCAGCAGAGCACCUGCCAGAACACCUUCCGGAACUGCUGAGAGGACACGUUGUAGAGGAGAGGGUUGACCACGGAGCUGAGGUAGAAGAAGGUGUUGGAGAAGGGGAGAAGGAUCAUGUAGGCCCUGAAGUACGGCUUGGUCCAUUCAUCCUUGGGUCUGGCUGCAGCCAUGAUCCGCCGCACCUGAUUUGGCAUCCAGCACACGGCCAGUGUCACCACGAUCAGUCCUGGGCAGGCAAGAACAGGAGAGAAAAAGAGAUGGGGGAGAAAAACAGCAUGAGAACAAAAAUAAAUAAAUAAAACCCAUAAAAUAUUCAGCCCUUGGUUCUGUUGCUUACUGGCCAGGAAACGGUACCAAUUUUUCAGUGCUGUGCUUGACGGCUUCUUUUUGCCACCGGCAAAGGAGAAUUUAAUGCUGCUUCAAGCUCAGGGGACUUGGCUAUGUUAAAGAGCGCUAAAUGCUUUCGACAGUGUAUUUAUACCUGUGGAUGCCCGUUAAUUUUCAAAAUGUUUUCAUUGUUGCGCGUGUAUCCAGAAAAUAUCUCAUGUUGGCCAUAAA